AUGCCAACCGUUCAAAUUCCUUCAUUAACAAAAAGAGUUCUUCAGAUAUGUUGUUCCAUCGCUUGGUGUUUAGUUGCAGCAGGUCCAGUAUUCGGGUUUGCUGCAUUGAAGCCUAUCCUAAUUAGCGAAGGCGUUUAUAGUGAAAGAUGUGACGUCGAAAGUGUUAGAAAUGAUGCAUUUGAUUAUUUGUCACAGAAAUUUGUGCUGUAUGUUAACAUUGAUACUUUAAGUAAGGAUUUAUCACCUUGUGUCGAUCAGGACUUGUCAUUAAAUUUGAUGUUUACUUUAGCUGCUGUCGUCACAAAUGUCGCUGCAUUACCAGUAGGGUCCAUUUUAGAUGAAUAUGGCCCACGGGUGUGUGGUAUGAUUGGCUCAUUCUUGAUAUUCUUAGCAUCCUUAAUAUUGAAAUACGGGAAAGAAUUAUCAGAAAACGUACCGUGGUUUGAUGCUUACUUGAUUGGAUACUCAACUUUAGCUUUGGGGGGUCCUUUUGUAUUUAUUUCUUGUUUUCAACUAGCUAAUAGUUUCCCCAAAAAUUCAGGUUUAGUAUUAGCUCUAUUGACGGGUGCCUUUGAUACAUCACUGGCAUUGUUUUUGAUUUAUAGAAUAAUUUAUACAAAUAUGUAUAAAUUGACCUUAAAUCAAUUCUUCACAGCAUACUUGGUUAUUCCUGCUUUCAUUUUUAUCAGCCAAGUAACUAUUAUGCCAAAGGACUCCUACAAAACUGUAGGUACUUUGGCAAAAAUAGGUGAAACCGCAAUCGAUGAAACUGGUAAACCUAUUGACCGUGAUUUACUUAAGCCUCAAGAUCGUGAAGAUGACGAUGAAGACCAAUCAGUACAAAGCUAUGCACCUCAACCAACAAUAGGUGAAACUACAUCCUUGUUAAUACGCAGAGCGUCAGUUACUAGGAGAGAUUCAGUGGUUCUGAGAUUUUCUUAUGUAUCCAGAAACUCAAUCAAGUCAGUCUAUGAGCAAGAUGCUGAAGAUAAAUUAAUUGAAUCUUCAGGUGGAGUUUUUGGAAUUUUACAUGGCUAUAAUAUUGCUGAACAAUUAAAAUCAUCUUGGUUCAUUCUCAUGACAUUUUUCACUACAAUUCAAAUGCUUAGAAUUAAUUACUUUGUUGCAACUAUUAGAUCGCAGGAAUUAUAUUUAUAUAAGGGCAACGAGGAUAUUGCAAUAAGUAUUAAUCACUUUUUUGAUUUGGCCUUACCUUUGGGAGGCUUAAUAUCGAUACCAUUUAUCGGAUUAUUAUUAGAUAACUUAACUACAUUAUCAAUAUUAGAAAUAUUGACAGGAAUUUCAUUAGUUAUUGGGGUAAUGGGUUUAUUAUCUUGGUUACCAGCGACAUAUCUUGGUAUUAUAUUGCUUGUUGUAUACAGACCGUUCUAUUAUACAGCGGUAUCUGAUUUCUGUGCAAAAAUAUUCGGAUUCGAUACCUUUGGAACAGUUUAUGGUGCAAUCAUUUGUUUUUCAGGUGUUUGCAACAUCUUGCAACAGGUGAUGGACAAAGCAACCCACGAAUAUUUCAACAUGAACCCUAUCCCAAUAAAUGCAUUGCUUACUGUUUUGACCGCUAUUUUCGGUUUUGCAUUAAUUGUGUUUGUAAGAACACAAGAAAUGAACUUAAAAAGAAAAGGUUUGGAAAUCGAAGCACAAGAGGCAUCGAUAAGAGAUGUUCCAAAUUGA